AUGUUAAAUUGUUGUGUAACCAUGUACGAGAGUUUCCUCGAGAUCGCAUUCGAGGCUGAAUUGAAUACAAAAGAGGACCCCGAGCUACUCGCGAUCGCUCACGAACAAUGCAACGAGAAUGCCGCGACCAGGGCUACAUCUAUCGCGGAAUUGCGAAAAAUGAUAUUUGACAGAGGACAAUGCACGCCGCACCGGACCGACGACGCGUUCCUUCUAAGAUUCCUUCGAACAACAAACUUUAUUGUACCGCGGGCACAUAGACUUCUAGUCCGAUACUAUACAUUCCGGGAACAGUACCCACACCUGUACAAGGGGGUGGACCUGUGGGGCCUUAUGAAAGUGAGGGAUGCGUACGAAGGCUCUAUGCUGGAUCGACCUGAUGUCGGAAGACUUACCGUAUUAAAAUUUGGUGUGUGGGAUCCAAAUGAGUUUCCUGUGGAGGACCUGGUACGAGCGGGCAUGGCUAUAACAGAGAUAGUCCUCCGGCAGCCGAAAAUUCAAGUACUGGGCGGAAAUGUCAUAGUUGACAUGUCAGGACUCACCUUGAAACAUGUAUCCACUUUGACGCCAACUAUUGCUUACCAGAUCGUUCAUUUAUUGGGAGUAUCCAUCCCAGGUCGUCUUCGAAGUUGUCACGUGAUAAAUUACUCUUGGAUACUAAAUACGGUUUUCUACAUCUUCAAGAAGUUCAUUCCACAACAUGCUUGGGAAAAGAUAUUUUUCCAUGGCAAUGAUUUAAAGAGUCUUCAGAAACACAUACCUCCUGAAUGCCUUCCAGAAAGAUAUGGUGGAACUAAUAGGGGCCACGUCUCUAUGGGAAAAUGGUUGCAAAAAAUUAAGAAAUAUAGAGAUGAGCAAUUUGAUAAAGAAAUGAAAGACUUAGGCUACGUUGUAAAGGAA